AUGUUGUUGAAUGAUGACCUUCUGGUACACCACGGCUAUCUGAGGCGCAGGAGGUACGUCGACAAGAUCAUUGAACCACUGCCCGUCAUCAACUGGAUUCAGAGUUUCGUGGUUCUUCACAAUGGAAGUUUGUACAUUUACGCUAACGAGCUUUCCAAUAAACCCGAAAAAGCCACCUCUCUCUUCGGUUUUACGAAAUGUUGUCGAUGUUCUGACGAAGUUUCCAGCAAGAUAGCCUGGCCAUUCAAAGUGGUCAACAUGUUGGUCGAGAAAGAUAAGACAUUCUAUUUCUCAGCUGCGUCUGAGAAAGAUAUGAAUACUUGGAUUUCUGUGAUACAAGGGCAAUUGUUGAAAAUAAACAACCGAAGAUUAGUUGAAGAUGAUCCACCACACUCAGCCUUACCAUCCACCUCAUCGACAGCAAUCUCGAAACUUUUGACACGUAGUAACAGCAACGACAACAACAACAACAACGUCAACAAAAGCAACGGAAAUGUUGAUAAAAGUAAAAACAACAAAACCGUUAAUAACGCAAAAUUUUUCCUGCCUCCCAGUAACAAAGCUAAUGUGAAUAACGAUGAUAGCAACAAAAACAAAGGCAAUAAAAAGAACAUUAACAUUAAAAAUAAUAACCAAAAUAUGAUUUAUUACGGAGUAAAUGAAGCUGCUGCAACAGAGGAGGCAGUAGAAGAAGACGACGACGACUACGAUGAUCAAUUAAAUUAUGACAUGGUGUCUGAGCAGAGAUUUGAUAAGAAAAAAGUUGCCAACCAACCGGUGCCUUUGAAAAGAUUAAACGUGCGUUUUUUUAAUUGGAUGUUAUUUGGCCUGCUUGCAAAAGUUAUCCAUUUUCUGUGUGUCAUGUUUUUUGACUCCAUAUCAAAUAUACUUAUAAUUAGGGAAUCACUAUGGCGUAGCCAACUAAGGGAGAUUAACAAAAAAGAGCAAGUAACAACUCCCCCUGAAGAUUCCAACGUAUACAAACCAGGAGAGCUGUACAAACCAGUCGAAGAAAUAAUAGCAUCUCCAUCCCCAUCUUCAUCUCCUAAAACGCCGAGACAGACACCUACACUUUCGCAACCACCAAACAGACCAUUACCUCAGCAACCAACUGCAUCAUCAGCACCUCAAAAAAUGUUCUUCCUGCACCGACUACCAGCCCUGAUGUUAAUAUUUAACUUCAACAUUAUUCCAAAGCCGGAUGAACUUUAUUUUUGGAACGGUUCUCCAUCUGAUGGUGAAAAAUUCAUGAAAAAAGUAACAGAUAUGGGUGUCUUCAUGAUUCGAGAGGCUUCAAAGGACAGUGAUGGACUGACGUUGCUAGUAAGGAUGCCAAGUUCAGUGGCCAAGUACAAGAUAUUCAACAAGGACGGCAGGUUAUGCUUCGGCAAAUCCGGGCCGUACUUUGACAAUCUGAACCAACUAAUUGAACACCACAAACAAAACAACCUGCCAAACGGAGGUGACAAACUCACCAAACCUUACAGGAGCCAUUACAACUGA